AUGCCAACCAUUCCAACGUUUCCGCCUCCAUCAACAACUAUAUCUGCUGCUACAGUAUCCCUACCAGUCCAGGCGCCUUUUGCUCCACCAUGGCCCGGUUAUCGAUACUCGCCCCUCACAGCUGUCUCCGCUACCUCAUCAACCUCAGCAGCAUAUACAGCUCUUUCAGCAUCUACAGAAAUCCCAAACAUUCGUCCCCUCCCAAUUCACCCUCUGAAUACGUUUCCUCAUCACCACUCUCCAAUGUUACAUUUCAGCCAGCCUCCUCCUUACCCUCUUCGUCCAAUCAUAAAUUUGGCUCCUCAUCACCUUCGCAAUGCACCUGAUACAGCACAGUCUCUGUCCACUAGCGCAACCGAUGAAAAGUUCGUUACAACCACCAAUACAGCAUUUCCUCUUGAGGGUUAUUCAUCUCUUCCCCAUCAGAGGCCUUCAACGAUUUCCGGUUCGACGGAUCUCAACCAGCAGUCUGGGCUACUAUCCCUUGGACAUCAAGGUAAUCUUGCCUGGAUUUUUGGCAAGCAUGCACUAUUAACUUAUCGUUUUACAUGUUGGCUCGUGCUCUAUAAUCGCUUUGCGAUGACACUUUUUAUCUUUACGACGUAUUUCUAUUAUAUUGUAUUACUUGCUUAUUAA